AUGGCUACUCCGGACUCCAGGGUUGAGGUUGAAGUUGAUUCUAAAAAGCGUCCAAGUUCUGAUGAUGAAAUUGCGGACAAUAUGGGCUCAGAAACCAAGGCGGUUGAAAAGUUUGAUGAACUUGGUCUAUCCAAACAGACUUUGAAGGCUAUUGAGAAGAUGGGAUUUACGACUAUGACACAAGUCCAAGCCAAGACUAUUCCACCAUUAAUGGCAGGUAGGGACGUGCUUGGUGCGGCAAAAACAGGAUCGGGUAAGACGCUAGCGUUCCUAAUUCCUGCUAUUGAAAUGUUGCACUCUUUGAAAUUCAAGCCAAGGAAUGGGACUGGUGUCAUUGUGAUUACACCAACGAGGGAACUGGCUCUACAAAUAUUUGGCGUAGCACGAGAGCUAAUGGAAUUUCACUCCCAAACAUUUGGUAUCGUAAUUGGUGGUGCCAACCGUAGACAGGAAGCUGAAAAGCUUUCGAAGGGUGUGAACUUGAUUAUUGCUACACCAGGACGUCUUUUAGACCAUCUUCAGAACACCAAAGGAUUUAUAUUCAAGAACUUGAAAGCACUAAUUAUCGAUGAAGCGGACCGUAUUCUAGAGAUUGGUUUUGAGGAUGAAAUGAAACAAAUUAUUAAGAUUCUUCCAAACGAGGAUAGGCAAUCCAUGUUAUUCUCUGCCACACAAACGACCAAAGUUGAAGACUUGGCUCGUAUUUCUCUGAGACCAGGACCUUUGUUUAUUAAUGUGGAUUCGGAGAAAGAAACAUCCACAGUAGAUGGAUUAGAGCAGGGCUAUGUGGUAUGUGAGAGUGAUAAACGUUUCUUGUUGCUGUUCACUUUUUUGAAGAAGUUCCAAACCAAGAAAAUUAUUGUAUUUCUAUCAUCCUGUAACUCAGUGAGAUAUUAUGCUGAGCUUUUGAACUACAUUGACCUGCCCGUUUUGGAACUACACGGUAAACAAAAACAACAAAAAAGAACUAAUACAUUCUUUGAAUUCUGUAAUGCUCAACGUGGAAUCCUGGUCUGUACGGAUGUUGCCGCAAGAGGAUUAGACAUCCCAGCGGUUGAUUGGAUCAUUCAAUUUGACCCCCCAGAUGACCCAAGGGAUUAUAUUCACAGGGUUGGUAGAACCGCAAGAGGCACGAAGGGUAAAGGGAAAUCUCUUAUGUUCUUGACACCCAAUGAACUCGGUUUCUUACGCUAUUUAAAAGCUGCAAAAGUUCCAUUAAAUGAAUACGAAUUUCCAGCUAACAAAAUUGCUAAUGUACAGUCCCAAUUGGAAAAGCUGUUAAAGACCAAUUAUGAAUUAAACAGGAUUGCGAAGGAUGGUUACAGAUCCUACCUACAAGCUUAUGCUUCCCAUUCUUUGAAAACUGUCUAUCAAAUAGAUAAGCUGGAUCUAGUGAAGGUUGCUAAAUCUUAUGGGUUCUCAGUUCCACCAAAGGUGAACAUUACAAUUGGCGCUAGCGGUAAAACACCUACUAACAAAAAGAGGAAGGUUUCCAACCAUUAA